CGGGCGGUAGAUAAUCUGAUCUAGAAUUAACUACCAACGACUCCGCUUCCCUACAAACCCACUCACACAAAAUUCCUUGAUUGUUAAUUCAGGGGAUAAUUCCACAUACAUUCUUCAAUAUGCCCGGAGUAAAGCGCGCCGUUGACGCGGGCGAUGAGCGCAAUGGCAAACGAUCCAGGACGAAGACAGGUUCCGUCCCGAAUAAGAAGACCAAGGCUGCACCUGCGCCGGUGAAGAACGCUGCAUUCUCGAAGAAGGGGUCCAAGGUGGAGAAGAAGGAUUCGAAGAAGGGCUCUUCUAAGAAGAAGGUUCAGGUGGAGGAAUCCGAGGACGAGGACGACGAUGAUGAGUUUGAUAUUGAUGAUGUUUCGGACUCGGAGGGUGAGAAUGGACAGGGCGAGGAUAUUGAUAUGGAUAGUGCGAGUGAUGCUCAGGAGGAGCAGGAUGGUGAUGACGAUGAGGAGAUGGAAGAGUCUGAAGAUGCCCCGGCGGCUGAGGAGAAGAAGAACAACAACAACAACUCUCGCGAAUCACAUAUUAAACAAAAAGCCCUCCAACAAGAACGAAAAGCCGCAAAGCCCAACGCCGAUAUCAUUGCCCGGUCCAAGCAGCUGUGGGAGCGUCUGCGCCGCAAGUCCCACGUGCCGCUCGAGGAGAGAAAGAAGCUGAUUGCUGAGCUUUUCGACAUCAUCACCGGUCGUGUCCGCGACUUUGUCUUCAAGCACGACUCGGUCCGUGUUAUUCAGACUGCAUUGAAGUAUGCGAAUGUCGAGCAACGGAAACAGAUUGCGACCGAAUUGAAGGGUCACUACAAGGAACUGGCAGAGUCUCGGUAUGCUAAGUUUUUGAUUGGAAAGUUGAUUGUCCACGGUGACGUGGAGAUCCGGGAUUUGAUCAUCCCCGAGUUCUACGGACAUGUUAAGCGGCUCAUUCGACACCCCGAGGCGUCGUGGAUUCUCGAUGACAUCUAUCGUAUGGUUGCGACAAAGGAGCAAAAGGCGAACCUCCUCCGGGAGUGGUAUGGCCCCGAGUUUUCGAUCUUCAGAGAGGAAAACGCAUCCUCUGACCUUGCCGAUAUUCUGGCCAAGAACCCCGAAAAGCGAGGACCGAUUAUGAACUUCUUGCGCGAACUCAUCAACCAGCUGGUGCAGAAGAAGUCGACCGGAUUUACAAUGCUGCACGAUGCUAUGUUGCAAUAUUUCCUGUGCACAAAGCCUGGCAGCACCGAUGCUAGCGAGUUCAUCGAGUUGCUCAAGGGCGACGAGGAAGGCGACCUGACCAAGAACCUGGCGUUCACCAAAUCAGGCGCGCGCCUGGUGUGCCUCUGUUUGGCAUAUGCCAACGCCAAGGACCGAAAGCUGCUCACGCGAUUCUACAGAGACACCAUCAAGAUGAUGGCGGGUGACCUUAACGGCCACUUGGUUCUUCUGGCCGCCUACGAAGUGAUUGAUGACACUAAGCUCACCGCAAAGAUGAUCUUCCCAGAGCUGUUGAGCCAAGGCUCGUCGGAAGAGGCACGGAAUGAAGAGCUCCUCUUCCAAGUGACCGAUCUGACAGCGCGUAUUCCCAUUCUUUUCCCCUUCGCCGGAGACCGCGUCAAGUGGCUUCUGCCUGACUUGGACAACGAAGUCCUGAACGAGGUCCGUGAAAUCAGAAAAGAGACGUCAAAGAAGGACCCAGCUAUCCGACGCCAGGAACUGCUCAAGGCUGCCUCGCCGACCCUGUUGGAGUUCUUGGCCGCCUGCGCCGAGCCCCUCCUCGAGUCCAGCUUCGGCUGUCAAUUCAUCGCUGAAGUGCUGUUUGAUGCUGACGGAGACAAGUCGGCAGCCCUGUCUGCUGUUGCGGCCGCAGCCAAGACCAAGUCCGACACCAAGGACGCACCUUUUGUUGGACGCUUGCUCAAGUCUCUCGUCCAAGGCGGACGAUUCAACACGACCGAGAAGGUGGUGGAAAAGGUACAGCCCCCGCUCAACUUCCACGCGGUGCUGUACGAGCAGAUCCAGAAGGACAUCAUGACAUGGGCGACAGGCUCCAAUCUGUUUGUGGUUGUUGCCCUGGCUGAGUCGGAGGAGUUUGAGAAGAAGGGCGAACUGCUCAAGACGCUGAAGAAGAACAAGAAGGCGUUGGAGCAAGCAGCGGCCGCAAAGAAGGACGGCAAGAAGGCAGGACCGACGAGCAGUGGAGCCAAGAUUCUGUUGGAGAAGAUCCGAUAAAGGAUUGCAUGAAAACUAUCUGUAAUAUGGGUGUCUAUUUUGUUGUGCAUUUUAGGGAUUGUAUAGGUUUUAUGAUAUCUAGGCAUUAAAAGUAUGGGUUGCCAAUUUCAGAGAUAAAGUACUAUAUAUUCAAAAGAAAUAAGGUACCUUAUAUUAAAUCAGAUCGCGAUAACGCAAAGCAUCGGAAGUGGUUCGAUUGCC